AUGGCAUCACUCACUGAUGUUGCCGACUUCGAUGCAGGCGAAUCAUCUGAGAAUGUACCAAGUCCACUGUCGGAUGUUGGGAAUCAUGACAACGACUAUGGCAAACGACUUCGGACUAGGUGCAUUAUACAUAGUCCCCCUGACAACAAGACCAAGCUUCAGGUAAAAAAGCUUUUUUUUGAACCAAGCAUCCUCUUUUUUCAUCUCCCCUUGGAAGAGGAUGUCCUUUUUCUGGUGUUCUCUCAAUAUGAGGCCAAUCUUUUCGUUACACUCCAGUUAAUUGCGUUGCCGUCGCUGGCACUCUUUGCUCCUUGUGCUGAUUGUCCUUCCAGUGUCUCCAAUAUACUUGUACUUACCGUCCUUGCUGUUUACGAUGUAAACCCCGGAGCAUUCAUAUUUGUUGACUUCUUCAUGUGA